CCCUCCUCCCCUUGGGUUCCUUUUUCCCACCGCACCCCUCCCAACUCCCAUUUCCCACUCCCAAUCCCCCUCCUUGCUCUCCCAGCAACAAAUAAUCCCUGGGAGCUUCGACAGAGUCCAAAAUUUUGUGAAAGGCUGACGAUCUUCUCCCUCCCGCAAGCUCCCUUCUCUCUUCCCACUCCAAUUCCUCCCCUCAAUCCAUACUUCUCCCUCAAAGUCGCCGCUUCUUUCUUCCCUCUCACACCGCUCUCGACUUCGACUUCGACUUCGACCUUGACUCGACUCCUGACAUUCACUUGAUUUCAGGAUCAUCAUCAACCUCGUCCCCAGACUUCGACUUCGUUGCCUGGUAGCCCUUUUGCUCCAUCGCCCUCUCUCGGCCCAAAUUAAGCAGAAAACAACACCAAGGAAAACUCACCUCUUACCUCAACAACGCCAGAAUGUCCGCCAAGUCCAUCCUCGAGGCCGACGGCAAGGCCAUCCUCAACUACCACCUCACCCGUGCUCCCGUCAUUAAGCCCACUCCUCUCCCUACUCCCACCAAGCACAACCCUCCCCCCAGGCUGUGCUCGCUGCACUUCCCCGAGGAUGCCAACGUCGAGGAUGUCCUUAACCAGGCCGAGGUCACCUACCCCUGGGUUCUUCAGCCCGGCACCAAGUUCGUCGCCAAGCCCGAUCAACUGAUCAAGCGCCGUGGCAAGAGCGGUCUCCUGGCCCUCAACAAGACCUGGGCCGAGGCCCGCGCCUGGAUCGCCGAACGUGCUGGCAAGGAGGUCAAGGUCGAGACCACCCACGGUGUUCUGCGUCAAUUCCUCGUCGAGCCCUUCGUCCCCCACCCUCAAGACACUGAGUACUACAUCAACAUUAUGUCCGUCAGAGAUGGCGACUGGAUCCUCUUCACCCACGAGGGUGGUGUUGAUGUCGGCGAUGUCGACGCCAAGGCUGAGAAGCUCUUGAUCCCCGUCGACCUCUCACAAUACCCUUCCAACGACGAGAUCGCCGCGACUUUGCUGAAAAAGGUCCCUAAGGGCGUCCACAACGUUCUGGUUGACUUCAUCAGCCGGUUGUAUGCCGUCUACGUCGAGUGCCAGUUCACCUACCUCGAGAUCAACCCCCUCGUUGUCAUUCCCAACGAGGAUGCCACCUCUGCCUCAGUGCACUUCCUGGAUCUUGCUGCCAAGCUCGACCAGACUGCCGACUUCGAGUGCGGUGUCAAGUGGGCUAUCGCCCGUUCCCCCGCCGCCCUUGGUCUGACCAACGUUGCCGCUUCUAACGGCGAGAAGGUCAACAUUGAUGCCGGCCCGCCGAUGGAGUUUCCUGCUCCCUUCGGUCGCGAGCUGACCAAGGAGGAGGCUUACAUUGCCGACCUUGACGCCAAGACCGGUGCAUCGCUCAAGCUCACCGUCCUGAACCCUAACGGCCGCAUCUGGACUCUGGUUGCCGGUGGUGGUGCUUCCGUCGUUUACGCCGAUGCCAUUGCCUCUGCUGGCUUCGCCGACGAGCUCGCCAACUACGGCGAGUACUCUGGUGCUCCCACCGAGUCCCAGACCUACCACUACGCUCGCACUGUUCUCGACCUUAUGCUCCGUUCUCCCCCGAACGACCAGGGCAAGGUCCUCUUCAUUGGUGGUGGUAUUGCCAACUUCACCAACGUCGCCAGCACAUUCAAAGGUGUCAUCCGCGCCCUCCGCGAUUACGCCAACCAGCUCAACGAGCACAACGUUCAGAUCUGGGUCCGUCGUGCCGGCCCCAACUACCAGGAAGGUCUUAAGAACAUGAAGGCCGCGACUCAAGAACUUGGUCUGAACGCCAAGAUCUUUGGCCCCGAGAUGCACGUCUCCGGUAUCGUGCCUCUGGCUCUCGUUCCCGGCAGGUGGGAGGCCAGCGGUGCUGAGGAGUUCAGGGGUUAAAUGGUUGAAAUGAAAUGAAAUCUGCGGUGGACGCGGAGAGGCCAGUCAGGUAUCAUGGGUUAGACGAAAGGAAGUUUUGCCUGGUGCUUGAGACGGCAUCUUGCCCACUUUCUUGUACGCUUGCAAAUUAACGGUGUUUAUGACGGCUGGUGCACAAUGCUCUUGACGGGAGGGUCGAGGGCCGGGUCCUUGUAUCGUAUGUAUGGAGGGCAUGGUCGACGAUCAGAUGAGCAAAUAAUUAGACGCUCUGUAAUGUGAUCUAGACUCGA